AUGGCGAUAUUUCCUGAAGAAAAACAACCUUUAGAAGUCACUGCUAACGACGAUAAUGAUAAUGAUAAAGUAGAUAUUAGAUCCCAGAAGGAAGAGAUCUUUGAAGAUUCCACUUCUCUGGAAUUCGAUAUGGUUGGUUUAGAAGCCAACGAUGUUAUUUUACAUAGAAAAAUGGUUUUGAUUAAUGAUGCUAUUGACGAAAUUGGUUUCACUCCUUACCAUCUUAAAUUAUUUUUCCUUAAUGGUAUGGGUUAUUGUACUGAUUGUAUGCUUACUUAUUUGGAAUCUUCAGUUCGUACUUUUAUUAAUUAUCAAUUUGGUUAUACAUUCCCAGUAUCAAAUGAAUGUUAUGCAGGUGGUAUGAUUCUUGGUGCUUUAGUUUGGGGGUUUGGUGCUGAUUUGAUUGGAAGAAGAUUAGCAUUUAACUUGUCUUUAUUAUUAAGUGCUAUAUUCGCUAUCAUGACAGGUAUGAUGGGUAAUAUGGCUUCUUAUUGUUUAUUUGUCUUGUUGAGUUCCUUUGCUGCUGGAGGUAAUUUGGUUCUUGACACUUGUGUUUUUCUUGAAUAUUUACCACAUAAAGAUCAAUGGUUGUUGACUUUCUUUGCUCUUUUCUGGGGUAUUGGUCAAACCAUUGCUGUUGCUUUGGCUUAUGCAUUCUUACCCAAUAAUAGUUGUGACUCUGCUGAUUACUGUCCUUCACAUAUUAACCGUGGAUGGAGAUAUGUUUGGUAUACCAAUGGUAGUAUUGUCUUAGCCAUGGCUAUUUUACGUUUGACAGUUGUUAGAUUAAAAGAAACUCCAAAAUUCUUGGUCUCCAAUAAUCGUGAUGCAGAAGCUGUUCAAGUGUUACAAGAAAUUGCUGCCAAGUACAACCGUAAAUGUUCAUUGACAUUGGAACAACUUGAAGAUUGUGGUGAAAUUGAAAGUAAUGACGAUUACAGAAAACAUUUCAAUUUAAAAGGUACAUUUUCAUUAAUGUUUCAACAUUUAAAGAUUUUAUUUGCCACAAAAACUGCCACUCGUUCAACCAUUUUGUUGUUCUUUAGUUGGGCUUGUUUAGGUAUUGCUUAUCCAUUAUACCUGUCUUUCCUUCCAGUUUAUUUAGCUACUAGAGGUGCUAAUAUUUCCGCUGAUACUAUUGGUGGUGUUUAUCGAGAUAAUCUUAUUGCCAACGUUUGUUCCAUUGGUGGGCCAAUUAUAGCUGGUCUUUUAUUAUAUUGGGUCCCUGUUUUAGGAAGAAGAGGUGUUAUGUGUAUUGGUGGAUUAACUACAAUGGCAUUAUUGUUUGGUUAUACUGCUAUUAGAACAAGAGGUCAAAAUGUUGGGUUGAGUAGUGCUGUUUAUUGUGCAUUGUACAUUUAUUAUGGUGUUAUUUAUGCUUAUUCCCCAGAAGUCAUGCCUUCUGCCGCUAGAGCCACUGGUAAUUGUUUGUGUUUGUUUUUCACAAGAAUCACAACUGCAAUGGUUCCAAUUAUUGCGUACUAUUCAGAUACAUCGUCUUCGGUGCCUAUUUGGAUUUGUGGUGCAUUUGUUGGUAUCAUUGGUCUUGUUGCUCUUGCCCUUCCUUAUGAACCAAGUAAACAAAGAGUUGUGUAG